CGGUCACGUUUCAGCGUGGAAUAGUUAAUGACUUGUGAUAAGUUUAGCGUUUAAUAUACAUCUAACUGCCACGAAGCUAACGUCUUCCCUGCCAUAAUGUCCAACUUGCGUCCACUCAGCACCGAGCUCCGUCGCGUUGCCGCUGCGGAGCUGAACGAGGUGGAGGAGCGGGUGCCCGCUGAUUUGGAGGCUUUGCGGGAUUGGCUGGCCAAGCAGCCUUAUCUGAAGGCCCGGCAGGAUGACCAAUUUCUUAUCGGGUUUCUGCGGGGCUGCAAAUUCAGCCUGGAGAAGACCAAGUCCAAGCUGGAUCACUUCUACACUAUCAAGACCCUAGUGCCGGAGCUUUUUCGCAACCGUGUGGUGGAUGACAUGAACUUGGCCAUACUACGAACAGGCACCUAUCUACGACUUCCCAAACCCUGGGGACCCGGAGGCCCUCGUAUUCAGCUCACAAACUAUGCUAGGUUCGAUGCCAAGAAAUUCAAAUUGGUGGACUUCUUCCGCUACUGGACUAUGACUAUGGAGCAGGCCAUCAGUGAGGAUGACAACAGCAAUAUUAGCGGAUAUAUUGAGAUCAGUGACAUGGCCAAAGUGAGCCUCAGCUUCCUGGCUCAAGUAGACUUGAAGCUCCUCAAAAGAAUGGGCAUCUUCCUUGACAAGGCUCAUCCCUCCCGCCUAAAGGGCGUCUACCUGAUUAACUGCCCCAAGGAAGGGAUGGGCAUAAUAAAUCUGGCCAAAAGUCUUAUGCCCAGCAAGCUCCAGCAGCGGUUUUUCUUUUUCAAGAACCUGGAGCAGUUUAGCGAGGUAAUACCACUUGAAUAUCUGCCAGAGGAGUACGGAGGCAGCAAUGGAAGUAUAGCCGACAUCCAGGCAGAGGCUGAAAAACAAUUUGUGUCCUUUAAGGAGUAUUUCGACAAGGACUCACAAUUCGGAGUGAAUGAACAACUACGACCGGGACAACGUGUGAAUGAGGACUCCAUUUUCGGGGUGGAGGGCUCGUUCCGGAAACUGGACAUUGAUUAAGAAGAGAAUCGCAGAGAGAGGCUCGACAGAUGGCUAAAUCGCAAUACCAUUAGCUUUUAGCGGCU